CUCUCUUGUCCUGAGUCCCAGAACUGGACACGGCACUCCAGACUGGCCUCACCAGGGCUGAGCAGAGGGGCAGGAUCACCUCCCUGGACCUGCUGGAAGUACUCUUCUUAAUGCAUCCCAGGAUACCAUAGGCCUUCUUGGCUACAAGGGCACUGCUGGUUCAUGGAAAGCUUGUUGUCCACUGAGUUCCCCAGGAAACUGUUUCUCCUCAGUGUUGUUCUUCCCUUAUAACUACAAACCUCCGUUUUUUGUUUUUCUGGUUCUGCUCAGUGCUCACAAGAAAACUCCUGGAUUGCUUCACCAUGCCAUGUUGUCUCUGCAAUAUGUAGAUGCAGAAGCAGUAGAUGUAGGAGUAAUCCAAGCCCCAUGUGAGUACCAUGGUUUGAAAUUGCAAGGCUUUCCUCAGUUUUCUCAAGAAGGUUUCAUUUGUUUUUAAGUCAGUAGCAGGUGGUUACAACUAAUUGUGCUACCUGUACUGAUCAUUUACCCAUCAAUACUGACUGUCCCAUCCCCUGCUCCAAGGAAAGCUUCAUUCAAGCCGUUUCUGUGAAAAUGCACCUCCUUACCUUCCCAGUCCUUUUUUCCAUUCAUUGCAGCACUCAAGCCAUGCAAACAGUGCCACCAAGUCUCUAUAAUCCCAGUGAGAUCAUAGAUUUGCAAUGGCACACAGAGCACUAUCUGCUCCUGUUUGUUACACACGUAGGAGGUUUUGGACAGGCACUCGAGGUGGACCCUCUGUUGUGCUGCUUCCCCAAGAGAGAUGUGGAAGCUUCUGUCAUCCUCUCCUGGGGCACCUCCUCACAGUCUCUGUUCUUCUAUUUCUCUUCAGGUUACAGUAAUCCUGUCCUGCUGUACCUGCUUUAAGUCCUCCUCACUGAUUAGCAAGAUGAGAUGCCAAGUCUUUGCAAAGAUGCUCUUGCCACUGUGUCAAACGAGUCUCUUCUUCCACCAACAGUUCUUUUUCCCCAAAGAGGGAAAAAAUUACCUUUGGUCAUAGAAGCCAAAGCCACAUCUUUGACAGCUUGGUGUUGACUUGCACAAUACAGCUGCUGCUGCCUAAGCUUCUCCCUGGCAGGAUUUAGGAGAGCACCUAGACCCUCACGCCUCAAGGUCUGUAGUCACUCUUAGAAUAUUCAAGGUCAUUGCUUGAAAACCAGGCACUUUUGGUGUUCCCAUGAAUGAGCUGCAAGUGUUAAUAGUCAGAUGGCCACACAAAUGUGGCAGUCUGUCCUUAUUAUCCCAUAUCCAGGUUCCCAACAAGCCACAAAGCUCUUGAGACAUCAAGUUAGGUCAGUAGAGGGGGACUUCUUUUUCCUGCAGGAAGGAAUCUUCAAUGACCAUCGCUCACCUUUGCUUCCCUGUACAGACAUUUGAUUGAGGCUCAGGUAGCUCUCUGGCAAGGUUUUGUUCCUCCUUGCCAGUUCCCAGGGUACUUAAUCUAUUCUGCACCUGCAGAUCUGCAUGUGGGGCAGCAGCCUCCCUUCUGCUGCCAGCUUUCCCUUCUCGUGGGAAUAUCCGUUAUUCCUUUGAGCAUUACUGCUAGCUGCCCUUUUUUCCUUGCAUUGCUGGGUUCUUGAUUUUCCCUUCCAGAGGCUCUGUGAAGAUUCUGUUGAUCUUGUUCAUGUGGGGAACCAGGCCCUGUGGCCCAUCACCACCAUGACUGCAGGCCCAGUGAGGCCCACAGUGUCUUGAGCAAAGUUCCUGGGCUCUGUCACAUCCUUGCUUUAAGUGGUGUCACAGCUGCUGCAGCUCUGUUAGUUAUCAGUUUACUGUGCUGCUUAUAAAUGCCAUAAAGAGAGGGGGAAAAUGAAAUCAAAAUUUUCAUGCCUUUCAUGCCAAAGUUUUUGUUAAACAUUAAGAACCGGCCUCACAGUUAAACUUUGAUAUAAAGGAAAUAAUGUUCUGAAUUUGGCUGAUUUCAAAACUCCUUGUUUAUUGCCUCUUUAGAGGACAGCUAUAGUUGACCCCAGUCAAAUGAGAGUGUUUUGCAGUGCAGUUUCUUGUAGGGUGGACCUUUUGAGAGGCUGAUGUUUUUGAAAACUCAGCUGUACUGUAUGGACUAGCUUGCCCUUGCCUAUAUGCACAAAUACUGCAGAGAAAACUGUUGGUGAUGUGCUGCUUUCCCUUAGAAAAGCUUUGUAGACUUUUCCUAAUUAGAAAGGUAGCUAUCCCAACUAGUUACAUUUCUGCUGAUUUUGUUCUUUAGAAGAGUGUCAAAUUUUCAUUCUAGCAUGUGGGGCCUGAACCAUCAUUAUGCCUUUUAAAAUUAGUAUUGCACAUGCCAGAUGGAACAGAAUGCAUCUGCCCAGCUCCCUGUGACCUUACCUGUAGCAUAUCCAGAAGCAUCUCCUUUAGAACUGGAGGUGGGUUUCCUGAAAUGAAUAGAGCCAGUGAUGCAAUUGUUAUGGUCCAUAUGGAAUAGACCGAUGAAAACUACACCACAUUUUUAGUGCCUUUGUACAAAUCUAGAUGAGAUAACAGUUGCUGAUGCACAGGAUGCCACCUGUCCAGUUUCAAAGCAGGUGUUGCAGAUCUAAGGUGUGUGCAGAAGACAGUGAUGACAAACUUGUGUGAAGUGGGAUUGAAAAGAUUGUGAUUGUAACAUGCGCAAGAAGAUGAAUGAAAGGAAUUUUAUUAAAGUCUGUAAAAUACUAGUCAGUAAGUGCUUGCAGUUGCUGAGGAUGCUCCUCUAAGAAACGAGUCCAGUUUUUUCUUCCUGAUUUUCUCCUCUUCCCUUAUUCCCUCCCACCGAAAAAGUCUAUUUUGUGGAGAAUCCCAAGACCUUUCAUAACAAAUUUGAUAUUACAGGAUGUAGUGAUCUAUUUUAAGGAUUUAACUGUUAUUUCCCCUGGAUGCAGCCUUAUGCUGUGGUUCAGAUAGAGACAGGAGCAGUUUUAUUCACCCUAACAUCCUGGUUGUACAACCCAUCUUUGCCAUGCAGCAGUAUCAGUAGUCAGUGGUAAGAUAACAGAACUAAGCAACUGGGGAAUGAACUGAAAAAAAUUUGGCUUCUUUAAAUAUAUAGAAUUCUCUUCUUUAGAAUGUGCACAAGUCAAAUUUUUCAUCUUGCAUUAAUUUUUAUAGCAGAGAGCUGGACUAGCCGAAUCUGUUUGAUAUGGAGAGCUAAGGCUGAAAAAAAGAUGAACAUAAACAUUGUUAUGCAGAUGAUGAACAACAUAUGCUUAUGUAAUGGAGGUGUUCUGAGUCAUGAAGGUCUUCUGUGCUAAUGUAGGUCAGGUUUUGGACAAGAACUCCUUGAUCCUUGCUUGGCUCUGCCUGUUUUGUCACGUGCAGUACAGAAAGCAUUGUGCCUUUGCUCUGUCUGUGGUACCCUGACUUCAGAAACACGUUCCCUGUGGCUCCACUAAUAUUAAUUGGAAGCAUUCAAGGGUUUAGCAGCUUGAUCUUAAUUAUUUAUUUGAAAAUAAAGGCUAUGUUUUUCCUGAAGCCCCUCUCCCGUUGCAGGAUAUGACAGAGGACUGUUCUGCUCAGCAAGCAUUUUAUUUUAGCUUAGUCAGCUGCAGCCCAUUGAUUAGAUCUCGAUCUCCUUGUGGCUCAGACUGCACUGCAGUAGUUUGCAGUGCAUUGCUGGAGAGACUGCACAUGCACGAGGGCGGCUCUGGGAGUCAGUGGGCACAGGGAUGAUGGUGUAGGCAGGACAGUGCACAGCCUGUGCAGAAGAACGUGAGGAAGGCUGAAGAAAUGUGUCAGCUAAUUGAGAAAAAGGUAUUUAUUUUCCAAAUGUCUGUGCAUAGUGUUAAAAAUAAACUUUGCUGCAGUGAGCAAGGUCUUAGAAGAGGAGAUGGUGGCAUGUUUUUCUACUAAGUAGUUUUCCCCCCACUGGAAAAUGAGUUGUAAAAAACCACAGAGGACAGGAACUUCUACAUCCUAAUACCCCAGUAUAUGCUUUGUACUUGAAAUACAUGGAAAUCUGUAGUAUUACGUAAGAAAUGAACAUUUUGGAGUAGAAUAACAGAUUUGUGGAGCUGUAAUACUAUAUUAGCCUGGGUGGGAACAUAAUUUUUGUCUCAAACUUUGCAUUGUAAAAAGGCAGUCACAGGAAAGGCUGAAAACACAGCACAGUCACAUUUGUUCAGAGAUGAGGGAAAGGAAAAAGAGUGGACCUAGGUCUUAAAAACACUGUACAUUUAAUAUAUAAUAGAAAUGCAAUUUCACUGGGAACGGGUUAGUUAUAAAACAAAUUUUCACAAAAGUUAUGCUAUUGUUCUCAUUGUUACUUUAACUGCUGGAGUAGCAAAUUUGGACUUGAGAAGUGAGAUUAUGUUCUGAUUUAAAGUGCCACUGUUAGAGAAAUCCAAUGCUGUUGAAAUUACAUGUAUGGAAAGCAGACUAGGUGAUGGAUUUGAAACUCUCUUAGCAAGCAGGGAAUCUGGUAUCUUGCUACAUGUGGCUGUUUCUCUGCUUUCCUCACUGUAAAGCCCAGGGUCAACCAGGGUGACCUCAGAUCAUCUACAUCAGGUUGUUAUUGGUUUUAUUUUACACAGCAGCUGCUAAAGGGGUGAGGGAAAAGGAAGGACAAUUCAGGCUCAAAUUUUAUCUAUACCUGCAGGGGACUGAGAUCCCAUUUUCUAUCUCUGAGUGCUUUUACUACCAAGCUGCAGGGGGGAUAUACAUUACAUCUGAAUGUGUCAUUUCCUUCUGGUUGAUGCUAUUCCACUUGAAGCUCUGAUUAUUCUUCUCACUGGAAAAUGGAGGGAGGAAUAGAAAAUUCUUACUGUGGCCAGUGAUGAGGGAGCAGAGGCUUUGCUCCCUAGGUGAGUGAAUGUUGGAUUUGAGUUAGAUUACAGUUUAGAUCUCCCUUCAGUCAGGUAAGUGCAUUUGCUGCCAGGUCAUACACUUCCUCCCUCUUGGUACUAAUUAUUCAUGUAUUCCUUGCAAAAGGUAUCAUUUCCAACCUGUGUGUUCUUAAACUUGCAUUUCAAAGCACCCUGUGGCUUAGGGAUGCGAGUGUACUCUGGAAGGAGGGAGAUGGGGUUUACAUGUGGGGAGGUUUGAACUUCAAUGUGCUGAACUCGGUGAUUGCCACAGCUGCCUUUUGUCAUCUUCCUUUUCAUAGAAAAGAGUCAUCAUCUCCAUCUGGUUCCAGGAAAGUGUUUUGAGCUCUAAAUCCCAAAGGAGAUGUGACUCCAAAACAUUUCCAUUUCAGUAGUUCCCUUGGUCUGUUUCAGUACAUGAAAAACUUAUCUUUCUUACUUAGCACUCUUUUGUUUCUGGGGGGAUAUGCUGUGCUGCUUUUUGCCUUAUGGGACCUUGCAUGUAAGAAACAAGUGCAGCUCUGAGGCCAAAGCUCUCUUGUUAAAAAUCAUGAUAACUGAAUAAUAGGAUUAGAACUGAAAUAAGCUUUUGACUAAAAAAAAUACUUGUUCUUUGUUUCUACUGUGAGAAAGACAUUCUCAUCUUCAGCACAAGUUCAAGUGCUGUAAUCAUGUGAUGCAUGGUAUUUAAAAAGAAAAUACCUUGGUCUUUAAUGAUGUUAAAUUCAUUGAAAAUUUUGAACUUUCCCAAAGUAAAGUAGCAAUGAUGGCAUUUUAACUCAACUGAUUUGUGUGUUUUGAUUUGGAAAGAAUAGCAGGAGACUUAAAUAGCUUUCUUAAAACUAAAUUUCAUGCAAAAUUUAUGGAAUUCUUAGGAUUUGCAUGUUUUUAGGAAAGGGGAAUAGUGAGACUCAAAUAAGAAACUCCAUUGUGUAGAUUGCUUUUGAUUACUUGGUUUCUAUUGGAAUAAGUAUCUCUCAGUCAAGGUCUUUCCUGAGGUCACUGAAUUGAGUUUUAAGGUUAUAUAAUAUAUUAUAAUAUUAAUUUUUGCCUCCGGUGAGGAUGUCCCUCAGAUUUCUCUACUGUGCCAUUCACAGAUACUAUGACUGCUCAUGUGACCUAAAAGCAGCACUGAGUUUCCUCCUGCUCUCUCCCAAACCACCAUUCUGCAUCCCCCCAUGGACAGUGGAGCACGGCAGCAGUCACCAGGGAAAGGGAACAUGCCUGAAGUUGGCAGCUGUGAAACCUCUAAAGUUGGCAAGCCACUGUUUGUAUGGAGAUUGAUUGUGAGAAAGCAAGUUCUUUUGGGCUCUUCUUUUGAGGCUGUGUUUGAUGCGUUGGCUUCCCAUCCGCUGCUCGUAACCAUCUCUGCUAUGAGUUCCUCGCAACGUUGCUGGGUUCCGAGGAACCGUCCGCUAUGCCUCCGUGAAUGCACACAAAAACAGGGAGAUGGGCAGACACGAUGACCUGUGGUCCCUCUUUUACAUGUUGGUGGAGUUUGCUGUUGGUCAGCUUCCGUGGAGAAAGAUCAAAGAUAAGGAGCAGGUUGGCAUGAUAAAAGAAAAGUAUGAACACCGAAUGCUGCUAAAACACAUGCCUUCAGAGUUCCACCUUUUCCUGGAUCACAUUGCAAGCCUAGACUACUUCACCAAGCCAGACUAUCAGCUAAUCAUGUCGGUUUUCGAGAACAGCAUGAAGGAGAGGGGCAUCACUGAAAAUGAAGCCUUUGACUGGGAGAAGGCUGGUACAGAUAUCUUGUUGUCCACUAGCACCUCAACUCCACCACAGCAGAACACCAGACAAACAGCAGCCAUGUUUGGGGUGGUUAAUGUCACUCCGGUACCCGGGGACCUGCUCCGUGAGAACACCGAGGAUGUCCUGCAGGGUGAACAUUUGAGUGAUCAAGAGAAUGCUCCUCCCAUCCUGUCAGGGAGGCCCGUGGAAGGCCUUGGUCAGGCUCCAAACACGGCUUUCAAUGAGGGUGAAGUUUGGGAAGAGACAGAUGUGAAUCGCAACAAACUCAGGAUCAGCAUCAGCAAAACUCAGUGCAUGGUGGAAGAGGAGCAGAGAAACGGGGUGUGCCCCAGUUCCCCUGUCCGAGUGCCUCCAGAGUCCCCGACCGCACAAGUGCGCUCCCUCCGCUACCGCCGCGUCAACAGCCCCGAGUCAGAGCGGCUCUCCACAGCUGAUGGAAAAGCAGAUCCGCAUGAAAGAAGGUCUCGAAUGGACAUCCCUGGCUCCCCCUCACGGCUCGUGUGCUCCUCGCAGCCAGCCCAGAUGCUGUCCAUCGAUACUGGCCAGGCUGACCGGCAGGCGAGCGGCAGGAUGGACGUGUCCGCGUCCGUGGAACACGAAGCCCUCAGCAACGCUUUCCGCUCGGUGCCGCUGGCGGAGGAGGAGGACUUUGACAGCAAGGAGUGGGUUAUCAUUGAUAAGGAGACAGAGCUGAAGGACUUCCACCCCGGUGCUGAGCCAAGCACCUCUGGAACCACGGAUGAGGAGCCCGAGGAACUAAGGCCUAUUGAAGAUGGGGAAGAGAGAAGGCGCCUGGGGGCAGAUGCUGCAGUGAGGCCGAAGACUCAUGAUGGGCGAAGUCGGGGUAUGCUGCCUGUGACUGAGGAGGACAGUUCCCAUAGACAUGAAGGACCUUCUCAAACAGUGUCUGACAGUAGACAUGAACAGCAGACAGGAAGUCCAGCCCACUCCCCCUUACAUUCAGCACCAGCUCUCCGACAAAGGAGACGAGAAUCUGAACCUACUGGUCCUCAGAGACAGGCAUACAUGCUGAAGUCAUUUGAAAUAAACGGCCUGCCCAAGGCAGUCCCUUUAAGUUUGCCUUACCAAGACUUCAGAAAAGAUAUGUGCAACUACUGGGAAAAGCCUAAGUUAUCCCAGCGGAUAAAGAAAGUUGAUUUUUCAAAUAUUGUCUUGACUGCUCCUUGCAAACCUCUGGAACCUUAUCUGGAAAUGAAUGGAAAAGAGGAGGAGGAGGAGGAAGAAGAGGAGGAAGACUAUGAGGAGGAGGAAGAUGAGCAGGAUGAGGGGGAGGAGGAGGAGGAGGGCAAUGAGAUUGACAUGCACAGUGAUUCCAGCAGCGACCUGAGUCAGAAGAGCACGGAGCGCAGCCAGGAGUGCGCACCGUCCACACUCCUGGCCGAUGACCAGAAGGGCUCCAAGGGUCGAGCAUCCACUGCUGAUGGGGACCUGGAGCUCGAGGAAGGCUCAAAAACAUUAGUGCUGUUUUCACCAGGUGAUCUGAAAAAGUCUCCAGUGGCUGCAGACUUACCUCCAGAAGUCGAUCUGGGCACUCUUGCUGCACUGACACCUCAGAGCGAGCGGCCGCAGCCCAUGGGGAGCCAGCUGGAUGUGUCUGAGCCAGGCACCCUGUCCUCGGUCCUUAAAUCGGAGCCCAAGCCUCCCGUGGCAGUGGCUACAGCUUCCUCCCCGUUCACCAAAGUCGAGCGCACGUUUGUUCACAUUGCUGAGAAGACCCACCUAAACGUGAUGUCUUCCAGCGGGCAGCUGAUGCGGCACGAGGAGUACUGCCCCCCAGGGCAGUUCGAGGAGGUCAUCAUCGAGGAGGAGCUGGAGGACAACCUGGUGCUGGUGGAGAAUGGAAGCAUUCAUUCCGGGCUGGAAGGGGCAGAGACGGAGAGCUGCGCGCUUUCGGCCAAUCACGUCGAAACCACCUCAGAGACUGUGGGGGAGCAGCCGGCCCUUCCCAACGGCGUGCCAAAGCUUCCCGAGGACAAGCCGGAGCUCUCCAGCAAAGCGGUGCUCUCGCUGGAUUUGGAAGAGCCUGACAAGGUGGCUACAAGGGAGCCUGGCCUCGAGAAGGCAGCAUCAGCGACAGAACACCUGAAGCGAGCAGAGACCCUCGUCGAGACGCCCCAGCCGGGCCCCAGGAGGCCGCUGGGCUCCCGGUAUAGAAGUCGGAUACCCAUUUUGUUCUCUGAGGAGGACACUGGCUCAGACCUUUCAACUUCACUCUCAGCCAAAGAAAGGCUUUAUAAGAGGGCAAAGCAACCUGACCUGGCUCGCCUGGUGAUGGAGAAGAGACAGAGCCGCCUCCUCCGGCUGGCCUCAGGUGCCUCCUCCUCGGCCUCCUCCAGCGACGAGCGGCGGCGAGCCUCCGAAACCCUGUCAGCCACCGGUUCUGAGGAGGACACCCACGACUCUGAUGACUCCAUCCCACGGAAGGGAGAGAAGAAGGCUGCGCUGCUGGGGAGAGAAGAGAGAGCCAUAAGCACAAGGAGCAGAAUUCCUCGUCCCAUCGUGCCGGUGAAAACGCCACUGGAGGCGGCGAGGUCGGAGAGCUCCGUGGCCGCUGCGAUGGCAGGGCUGGGCAGCUCCCCUCAGGAUGCAGCUGCUGCCUGCAGGCUUCAGACACAGAGACCAGCUGGCAGUGUCCCGUACGAGGGCCGAACAACACAGGUACAAAGUCGGCUUCCUUCGUCACCAAGCUCCACUUCUCUUCCUCCACGGAGCAGCUCGCAGAGGUCCAGUGGUGCAUCCCCUCGGAGCCCUGUCCUUCCUUCCAGGAACCCCAGUACUUCCCCCAGAAGCCAGCUGCUGCCUCGGAGGGAAAGUCCUUCUCCCUGCCGACAGCAUAAACCAGGGACUGCUCCUCAGCGAGUUCCUCCUUCCCCCCGACCUCAGCCCUCAGCUCAGGCCCCGGGGCCUACAGGAGAUUCCCUGCCAUCUCCUGGCGUGGCCAAAAAACGACAAAGAGGAAAAACCCAGACUCAAAGUCCAGCAACCAAAGGAAAGCAGGUGUCCCUGGAAAGCAAGGCAGCUGCCAGAUAAUGACCUUCUUCUGCGAGCCCAGCAGACUGGGUAACUUCUGCAUAUAGUAUACACUUGAGAUGCUGCAGCACAGCCUUCCAUGCUGGACCCACGAGUGUAUAGCAGUAGCUGUACUUGAAUGCUUCACUCACUCUCACCCCACACCGCAAUCAGCUCCCACGGGCCUGGCAGCCUCUGAGCCACGGAGCCUUUCCAAGGGAGACACCCAGCCCGCAGCUCGCGCUUGCUAACGCACAGCACCCAGCCGUGACCCAGGCAGCCUGCCCAGUGCCUGACCUGCCUCCCUCCCCAGGGAUUCUCCUCUCUGUUAGCAAUACCAGUCCUCAACACCGACUCCAGCUGUGGAAAGAGGAGCAGAGGUGACAAGAGCAAGGCCUGCUAAAGAGGAAGGCUGGUGUCCUUCGGGCAGCUCCUUCCUUUCUCCUUGCUGGGGAAACACCAGCCUUGGUCUCUGCCAUCUCCCUGAGUGUUGGCUCACCUCCCACCACCUGUGUUAGCAAGGGAUUGCCACUAGCUUAUUCAAGAAGGAUGGAUGCAUCCUUGUGUGCUGAGAUAAGAGAAGGGGUAAGGAGGAGAGGGCUCUUCUCUCCUUUCCAGAAAUGCCUCUACAGGUGGGAAUUAGGAGACAGGCAGAUCUUGCUGGAUGCUCCUACCUGCUCCAGUAUGUCCCACAGAGGAGGUUGUCUGGCAUUGCUUCUCAGACACUGCUGCUGUUUCAGCAGAUGCUUGUGUGGUGGGUACUUAGGUGGAAGUAGGGAUGUGUUGGCAGCUUGCUGGGAAAUCAAGAGCUCUUGCUAAUUAAUGUAGAAGGGAGCACACAGCAGCCACAUCUGUCACAAAUACCAAACUGUGAUCUGUGGACAUCACAUCCCCCCAGCAAGGGUGGUUCCUCUCAGCCUGGGCGUGGUUGGUGCCACAGACCUGUAGUCCACCAAAUACAGCUCCAUCGUGAGGAUGUGAAAAGUCACUGGAUGCCUUUAGCCUGAGUGCCCCUUGCACCUGAAUUCCUUGUGUUUUAUUGUCACGCUCUUGGUGUUUGUGAAUUUUGGCACUGUGGUUGAAAGUUCCCCUGCACGGCAGGGUGGGAAAUUAUUAUCCUGUAGUAUACCCAAAACCUGCUGCUUUGCAAUGAGAGGUUUGCUGGCAUGCCAUGGCCAUGUGCAUUUCUAUCUGAGGGGACAGUGAGUUGAGUGGCAGAGGUGGGGUUUAUGUCUUUUCCUUGGUGCUCACCUCUGCCACACGUUGAGGAUGAACAAUGUGAAUGUAAAAGCAAGGGCUGUGCUCCUCAAGUAAUAUUAUCUGAGCAUAAGCUAACAGUCAGCUAGAGCUAAAUCAACCAACUGUUUAGCCCCCAGACUAAUUAGGAAGGCUUGAAAGUGAAAGCAAGGAGGACUGGUACCUGUCUGAUCUUGAUGAGAUCUUGAAGUAGACAAAAUUCUCCCCAUGCUUCACAGGAUAAAACAUUCCAGACCCAAAUACUUUGUGCUUCACACCAUUGUCAUGCCUAAAAGAGGCAUUGCAUGAGGCAGAACAAAAAUACAGCUGCUCUGUACACCUAUUCCUGCAGUUACAACUACCUGCAAAUUUACUAUUUGCAGACAACAAAGCUUGACCAGAGGAAUCUGAACAGUAAUAACCUUGAUUCAUUUGAGCAUGAAUGCAAAGAGUCACACACUGAUGGCCAUCAAGUUCAAGGGAUCCUGAAGCUGCUCAUAUCUACAGGAGUCCUGGAAAGGAGUAUGAGAGCUGUGACAGGGUGUGUGGGAGAAAAGGGUACUCCUUGCACACCUGCACAGGGAAAUGUGUAAAAACAUGAGACAGGAAUUACCUCUUCAUGUGACAGUCUCAGUGUUGCCAACACUAAGAAUUCAUUUCACCUAGCUCAAAGUGUUUUCCAUUGAUGUGGUUCACCCUGGUCGAGUAAGCAGCACAGCUUAGUCUGAAAACAUGCCCUCAUCUUUGCACAGCAGCACUGGGAACUCAGAGGGAGCUGAGGCUGUGGUCUGAUGGACUGAGCUGAUGUUGCCAUCAAAAGCAACAUCCCUCCAAGUUCCAGCUGUUUAGUUGCACAGUUCCACCACAUUUACAGUGCAGCAGCUAUUUGAUAAAUGGCUGGAAAUGCUGAUCCAGCACGACACAAACUGCUCUGAUUCACCAGUUUAUUUUUCAUCUGGUUCAUUUCAUCACUCUGGUUCACCAUUUGGUCACACAACCGAAGAAGGACACACAGAGACUGUGACCACUUCUUCUGGUGGCACUAUAACUUUCUCUGAGUUUGAAGUGUGGGUCAGACUAGAGCCUAAAUAUGCACUGCAGGUUUAGAAACUAGAAAACAGAAUAAACUCAAAUACAGAUUCUUUCCAGAAAUAUAAAUCAUAAUGGGAAUCCUAUUAAUUAAUUGGAGGUCUAUUAAUUGUAGAGUGCUCAGAUGAUAAGACUUGGUUGUGAAGCCUUUACCAGCUGGUCCAUCCAGGUCUUAAGGCACAUGCCAAAAAUGACAUUGAAAGAGCAUUGAAAGAGGACUACAGGACUAUUAACAGGGUUAGCAAACCUGCCUCAUCGUGGGAAGCCAAUAAAGCACAAGCAGUGUAUUUGUUUGGGAAAAAGUUUAAGGGACAGUAUUCUGUGGCCCAAUGUCAGAAAGAAAGCUCCAGGGCAGACACAAGGCUGGGUGGACAGGGCCCUGAGCAUCCUGGUCUAGUGGAAGGUGUCCUUGCCCAUAGCAGAGGGCUGAAACCAGAUGAUCUUUAAGGUCCCUUCCAACCCAAACCAUUCUAUGGUUCUGUGGUCUUCCUCUGGCACGUGAAAGCAGGGAAGUCAGAACAGCCAAGAACAGCAGAUGAAGAAAUCAGGCACGCUGUUAAUUGUGAAGCAACCAUCCAGUGAAGUCUUUCACAGCACUAUGGGGACUUUCUUAUUAAAAGGUUUCUGUGAAACUGAGCUGUCUUCUAAGAGAUCUAUCUACCAUGACCCAACCACAAAAAUCAGGCAGGAUUCUGGUGGCACAAAGGUAUCAUCUCUCUCUGCGAUGCCGUAGAUUCCUGGUCCCACUGGGAUACAUGCCAAAGCUGCCAUAUACUGGAGAGCCACCUGGCAGGUCCCACAGGUUUCAGAAAGCAAGGGAAAGAUGGCCAGCACAGAAAAUAAAAGCUGUUCACAGUGUUGUUUGACAGGGCUGGGCUGAAGGUGCAGCUGGGUCCGUAGAGAUCUGAGAUCAGGCUGACUCAUCUCUCCUCAUGGUUGUGCUACCAGACUCCCUGCUCCCACACAGCCCUGAUUCCCAGCUGUCCCUGGCAUGAAGGGCAGCAGGAGAGUGCAUCAACAGCAUGGUGUGCCCCAGGUCAUGUCCUCCUGGAUGGAGGUGCUCCCACCCAGGGGAACAGCACACACAGAAUUUCCUCUGGGUCCUCUCCUGCUGCCCUGCAGGAAACUUGGAAGGGCACCUGCCAUAGCUGGAGCAAACAGAGAGCAUGUCUGGGGACAAGAGGGGAUGAGGCCUGUGAUGUUAGGGAGAAGUUAGGUGGUUGAGGAAUGCCAGAGGAUCUAGUCUGCCAUCACAGGACAUGGUGGGCUGUCACAUCCCAGAAAGGUGGGAGAGGCAAGACCCUGUUGCUCUCUGCUGUGAGUCUCUGUCAAGCUCUGUCAAGCUCAAGGGCACGCGGG